AUGGUCGAAGAAGGCUAUGCAUUCCCACUAAACCUUACUGUUGCAUCCGAUUCCCAUUCAAACACUUAUGGUGGGUUAGGUUCGUUAGGUACUCCAGUGGUUAGAACUGAUGCUGCUGCUAUUUGGGCUACAGGCCAAACCUGGUGGCAGAUCCCCCCCUGUGGCCAAAGUCGAAUUAACUGGUAA